UGCUCUUACGAAGUGAGAAAAAAAACAAUCGAAAAAUGUUGAAAGAAAAUAGGUUCUUUUUUCUGCGAUAUUGCUUCUUAGAGCCGAAAUGAAGAUGUUCUACCCGUUUUCAUUGCUAUUCGGUGAUUGAAAGUCCAAUAAUUCGCAAAAUAACGAGGUGUCUCUACAAAUGAGAUGACAAUUAGUACAAUAACCCUAGUUGAAAAAUUAUCGAAAUCGAAAAUAUUUAGGUCAGUUAAAAUAUAGUUUUUAAUGCUGAAUGUGACGUCUUUUAAUGAAAAGUUUCUCCUCUAUUCGUUUUUUCAUUACUGUUUAAGGACAGAUGAAUUCCAGCUUGCCUGUGUAAACUUUAAAUUUUACAUAUCAAAAUUGUACGAAAACAACGAACAUUUUUUUGGUUUGGUAUCACAACUUUGUCUGACGCAUUUAUGACUCGUAUAAACCACACGACACCAGAUAACUGUGGUGAAUACUUCUUCAUUUUCGUGUUGCAUGAUUUCAAAUAACUGUGCUCGAUAGUGUUCUGUAUGGCAUUGGAGUCAAUUAGCAGGUGCUACGAGGAUAUAUGGUAACCGUAUUAUUUAAUACGAAAUGUGAUCCCUUCAAUGUAUGAAUUGUGUUUUAACUACAAUACUAUUUUUCUCCACAGAUAUGUCCCACGUCUCUAGUUUAGGGUUUAUUUCAUUGUAAAAUUGCUCUAUAUAAAUACAUAAAUACAUGGGCAACAUGUUCCGGGCAAUCAUCGAUAUGUAGAUAUAACAAAUUCGAGAUAUUUUUUUUGGUAAAAAUAUGUUUAAUUAUCAAGUGUUAAAUUAAGUACUUUUAAAACUGCAUAUCAAGGUGAAACAUUUAUUUGGCUACAUAUAUCCUAUUGUUAUUUUCGGCAUAGGAGCAACUGUUUUGUUUUUUAUUUAGUCAGAGUACCUCUACCGUGUGUUGAUAAAUCGGUCACAAUUUCGACAGAUCAACAUACAUAAUAUCGUUUUCUUUUGACUUACUUUAAUAGGAAUGUAGGUUUAAUUUUGGUUCUUGUAACUAAAUAAUGAAUUUGAUUUUUACUUAGUUAUAUGUUAUUAAUGGAUUAUCAAAUGAAUUAGCCUAUGUCCUUUGGAAAACACACCCUAUUAUCCUAAUCCUCACAUCCCGUCGAUGAUCAUGGGUGCGCAUUUCACCGUUUCAAACCCGCGACACCAGUGUAUCCGAAAGAGCGAGAAAAAAUAGGAAGGAGAAGGGAGAUAAGGCUUGAAAGAUGAAAAGAGCGAGAUUCGGUCGUGAGCUGCGGAAGUGUUAGGUCGCAAAAAGUCGAGAGGAAUUUGGAAGUGGAUAUAAUGUUUUUUUCCACGUGCUGUGAACAUUAUCGACGGAAGAGAAGGCCAACGCGAACGAAGACGACCAGAUCGCGGAUCCACCGGGUGCAGCCGGCUGUUAAUUGGGUAAAGGAAACAACCGACGGUUCGUACUUUUUGACCGUUGAAGGGAAUCCGGCCAUCCCGUGUAAGGACCAUCUUUUGGAGUUAGUGGUGAUUCAACCAUUCGAGUGCGAGUGGUGCUGGUGGCCGGCAAGCCCCUCUACGAUAUCGCCGUGUCACACGUGUGCGGUCGAGGGAAGCGAACGUUUUGGAGGGACAUCCCGGUGAGGUCUGGUUGAGUCUGGCCCCCGCUCACCGACGCUUAAGCCGAUGAGCUUUCCCGCCGUAUACGAGCAUCUAAAUGGAGCCGUCCUUUCCAGUUGCAGGAGUAUCCGGAAUCUACGCGUGUUUUGUGACCCUGCACGGCUUUAUUCUCCAGCGAAUUACAGCGGAAUGUUUCGCAUCAAUCUCGCAGUCGCCUUAGUUAAGGGUUCAUCAGCCAUCACAGACGACCAAUACUUGGCAAUCGUUCUCUCUGAAGAGUCCGAUGUUGACGAGGAUAAUAGUUCGUACACUGCAGUGACAUCUGCUGAGCUUAAUUAUCCGUUAGGCUCUACUUUUAAAUAUUUCGUAGUAGCAGAAACAUCUACUCGAUCCCCAGUGCGAAAAAGGUUCAGCACUGCGACGCCCACAAUGGAUAUAAUAACUGUAGUGUGGUACGUUGCAACAUUGGUGGUAUUGAUAUCAUUUUUCGUGGUGAUGGCCUGUGCAGAUACCAGUAAAUGCCUUGCACCCAAACCACCAGAUGAGGAAACGCCUGUACCACCUACUCCGGCACCUUCAUACCGUCUAUUUGCACCUCCCAGUUACGAAUCUGUUAUUCAGAAAAGUUUAGACAGCAUCUACAUCAUUCCGGUGCAUUCUAGUAUGAGCAGCCAAACAAGUUCUCAAUCAACUAGGCACUUGGUUACAAAUCUCCAGGGUGUGAUGGAUCAUAUAAACGAAUCGGGAAGUGCUAGAAGCGAACCUGAAAAUUUUACGUGGUGUGUUACGAAUUCUGAAAAUCGUCUCUCAGUGACUAAUAUUAAUUCAAGUUUGUGCAUAGUGAAUGGCUAAGAAAUCUCAAUGUUGGAUGCACAGUUUACGUGGAUACCUAGUAACCUGAUAUCGAUUGGGAGUCUAACGCAACAAAUCCACGCGUUGUGAAAAACAAUCACUUUGAUUGUUAUGAUGAUUCGACAACACUGUUGCGAAUUUAGGAUUGUCAGAACUGUGUCCCAAAAUAUUACAAUGACGCAUUGAACGCAAUCGCAAUUUCAUGUUUAUGCUAGACGAAGCGACGUAGUGUUGUUCUGCUGAUAAUGAAUAAUAAUUUACCUCGCCGUUAUUUAUUAGAAUAGUGCAAAUCUGAAGUCCGAAUGUAGAACGUAUGUGUAACUGGUUUUUGUUCAGUGUGAGCCAAAGUUAAUGAUUAUUAUACUAGUUAAUUAGUUUACGAUGCAUAUCGCCAUGACUGAGAAAGAAGUGAAGACGAUGUGACUUGAACAGUUUUGUUCCAAUAAACAAAUUAUUGCAAUAAAAAUGUGAUGUGAAUUAUUAAAUAGGUCGUGAUAUUUAUCUGAAAUUGAUUU